AUGGCGAUGCCCUCAUGCAACCGGGACCCGCACUUCUCAGACCCGUCGUCGACCCCGUCCCUAGGCCAGCCCCUCAACUCUCCCUACAUCAUCAAGCCACGCGCACGGCACACGCACACCGUCAUACUUCUCCACGACGUCGCCUCCAACGGCCGCAUCUUCAGCCACGAUCUCCUCACCACGGGCAAGACAUCCGCGGGCAAGACGCUCGACUACCUAUUCCCCGGCGUGCGAUGGGUCUUUCCCUCAGCACCGCGGCGACCCUGCCACGCGCUUGAGCACGCCAGGAUCGCGGCAUGGUUCGACGUCGUCAACCUCAAGGACCCGAGUCUGCGGCAGGAGACGCAGAGAAAGGGUCUCUGCACAUCGGCGAGGGAGAUGUUCACCAUCAUGGGCUGGGAGCUGAAGCUCGUGGCGCCGGACAAGGUGGUUCUCGGCGGCAUGGGCCAGGGCUGUGCCAUGGCGCUCGCGAUCCUGCUCAGCCUUGGCCACAAAAUUGGCGGCGUGAUCGGAAUGAGCGGCUUCCUCCCCUUCCAGUUCGAGCUCGAGAUGAACACGGCCGAAGACUCGUCGAGCGAGAGCGAGAGCCAGACCAGUGUCCAAAGCGGCGCUCGCAGCGCGCGCGGCAGCAACUCGUCCAUGACGUCCCACGAUCCAGCCGUCAAAGCGCACAUAUUCCAGCGCUCACUGCUUCAGCUCGCCAGCGCCGAGCAUCCCACGAAAGACGAGACCUCCUACGGGACGCCCGUGCUGCUUGGCCACGGCGCCGUGGACGACGUACUGCGUUUCGCAUUUGGUGAGCAGGCUGCCCUAGCGCUGGGGACCGCCGAAUAUGAGGUCGACUUCAAGCGGUACGAGGACCACGGCCACGGAUACAAGGUACCGGAACAGAUUGACGACAUCGUCGAGUUUAUGCGAAGGCGUGUAGGCAUUGAGCCUCGGGGUGACAGCGAUUGA